CGGGGUCUUUUUUUUUCCUCCAUUAACCGGCUCCGUUUGCCAGCUGCUCCUCGCUGAAGAGUCCGGAGGAAGAGGCAGAGAAGCGGUGAUCCAACCAACAUGGCCCCCGCGGCUCGGCCCAGCGACACCAGACCCGGUAUGGAGGAGGACGAGUGCUACGAGGGGAUCCAGAAGGCGGACAGAAAGACCAGGAAACCUCUGGUGGAGAAGAAGAGGAGAGCUCGCAUCAAUGAAAGUCUGCAGGAGCUCAGGACUCUCCUGGCGGACACAGACUUUCAUGCCAAAAUGGAGAACGCAGAGGUGCUGGAGAUGACGGUGAAGAAGGUGGAGGACAUCCUGAAGAACAGGAGUCAAGAAACCGACACCCUGAACAGAGAAGCCAGUGAGCGGUUUGCAGCAGGAUACAUCCAGUGCAUGCAUGAGGUCCACAUGUUCGUGUCCAGCUGUCCUGGGAUCGACUCCACUGUGGCAGCGGAGCUCCUGAACCACCUGCUGGAGUGUAUGCCCCUGAACGAAGACCACCUCCAGGACGUGUUGAUGGAUCUGAUCACCGACACGACUGGAAGUAAUGGCAGCACUUGGCACGGAGGCGGCGAGUCACACUGCGCGGCUCUCGCUUCGCCGGGAGGAAGGAGCGUGUCCAGCAGCUCGUCCUCCGCUCUCUCCCCAGCGCCCUCCACCAUGUCCAGUGAGGACCUGUGUUCCGACCUGGACGAGACCGACAGUGAGCACAACCAGAGCGCCACAGAGGCCUCAGAAAGCAGGGAGGCUCUGAGCAUGCGCACCGUGACCUACCCUCGCUCCAUGUGGAGGCCCUGGUAGGGGUUUGGAGUCAGAUUGUGGACUAUUUUUUAGUUUUUUUCACCAGACCAAACCCUUGAGAGGAAAAUUCCAGCAUUCACAGGAACAUAACUAAAACAGCAGUAUUGGAGCGUCUACCUUUCAUUUGUGGGCAUAUUUACACCUGUAGAUAAGCAGCUAUAUGCAUGAAUAUUUUACAAAUUACCUGUGGUAAUGCUCAGAUCAUGUUUCUCCUACAAGAUGUAACAACCACUUUGCCUACAACACCCAAAAUCCUGCUUAAGAGCAGAUCACUGUAUUUCAGAUGGACCUUAUCUUCAGCUCUUUUCCUAUGACCAAAAGUAGCAGCUUAUUUACUUUGUAUUUCUGGAAAUAUAGGAAACUUCUCAGUGAGAUAGAAGUAAACCAUGUAUGCUUAUAGAAAAGCUUCUCUAAAAAGGAAAUACACCUGAAAGCUUCGGUUGCUUUCCUCUUUACAGAUCCUGCAGCCACCAGAAAGUAGUCCCUCUUUCUUUUUCAGUCAUGACUCCCUGGCUUCUUUGACUUUUCCUUUCUCCUGAAAGAAGCUGAAACCCUGACCUUCGACAUUCAUGUUUAACUCAACAAAGGACAUACAAGGAACAGAUUGAAGGUUACAUUUUUGUGUUUGUGUAUAUAGGUUUUGUAUGUGGAAAAGAAAAGCUCUUUUAGAAACCCUGAACUUUGGCAAUGCCUCUGAUUAAUAUAAAUAUUCCUAAUGUAUUUCAUAAAGACUUGUAGCUUAUUGGACCAGUAGUGUCUUUCAGAAUGACCACUUUAUGU